GCUCAGCUGGUCGUUUCAAGUCAUCGCCUGAACGCCACACUCUCUUAGAAGCAUGAUCUUCAAACGCUUCCGUCCACCUCCUGAACCGACUAUGAAAGGACUGCUUAACCACGCUGAAGAAAUUGUUUUGUCUGACACGAUAGAGAAUCCACCCAAUAGCUCAGUGCCCGUCAGGGAACCUACUAGUCCCAGGGGAUCUUGGAGGAUUCAGUUCCAGAGAACCCUGGCAUGUUUCACCAAGUUCUUCAGAAGAGGAUACGAGAAUCUUAGAAACGCCAUGGGCUGAGAACCUAGGCGCCGGAGUCACAGGCCCGUGAAUCGCAAUCAAGAUCCCGCUGCUCCCACGUGCUCCUGCUCUCCCCCGUUUCUCAGUCAAUGGGUCUGAAAUAAAUGCUGAGCUUCUCGAUGA